AGGGACCGUGGGCCAGGCGGAGGUAGUGGAACUGCAGGGCCUUCUGUCUGACAGAGACACCGAGAUUCUUAACCUGAAGGAACAACUGAAAACUGCAUUCAAAGCCAGCAGCGAUGCCUCGGUCCCUACUAAACACAGAGAGACAGCCAAUCAGCGCUCACAGACUGAAGCAGAGGAGUGGCCUUCCAACGUCCGUGAGAGGAAUCUCCGUGACAACGGUCAACUCGCACGCGGCGUAAAGACGUCAAAGAGGACCAGUCAGGGGUCUGGGGGCUACCCAUCGGUGCUCGACUCCUCAGAGAUCUCCACAGAAGGAGGCAGGACCAGCCGCUUCCCCAAGCCUGAGCUCGAGAUCUCCUUCAGCCCGCUGCAGCCCAACAGGAUGGCCCUGAAACGCCAGGGAGGGGCUGUGGUCAACGUCAAAAUCACCCGCAAGAGGAAGAGCUCUGAGAUCGACAAGAAGAUCGGAUGGCGCAGUCCAGCUAAAAGGAGAGCAACGCAUGAGCUCCUCUCUCAGGAUGAGGUGCACAAGGAGAACCAUAGAAACCCCCAGGACCAGACUGGCUCCUAAACUGGC